ACAUGUUUUAACAUCCAGAGAGAGAUGACCAAAACGAAAAAUAGAGGACACUCUUCCAACGGCCACCAAAGUCCAUAUUCUUUGGAAGAAGGGAAGAAGGUAGAAGUAGACCUCUAAAAGCUUGGGAGGUCCCAAGAGAUGAAAUGGAUGGUGAAGAUUGAAGCCACCUCCUGAAUCUUCUUUAGAGCAACCCUUAAUCUUUCUAAUUUCUGAUAAUCAGUUGAAUUCCACUUCUGGGUUUUAUUCUUUUCCGGCAUAUGUAUCUGAAUUGGGCGUCAUUUUGCUGAUCAGAGAAACGGAAAUUUCAACUUAAUUUUCAUGUGAUUGUUGUUGAAAGUUGGUUACAAGGCUAUCAACUUUCAAUACAAAAACCGUUGAAAAGGGCUGUUUGGGGUGCUCUCUUACCUUUGAUUAUGAGAAUUGGGAGAAAACGGAUGGAUACUUCUAAAGACAAUUCCAUUGAGAGAGCUGUCUCACAAAGAGCACUGCAAAUGGGAAACUCAUUUCCGUGCCAAAUUUGUGUGGUUGGUUUUCUUAUUGGGGUUUGCCUUGCAUCAUUAUUUCUGGCUGCUCUCUUGACUUCACUGGGCACCUUUGCUUUUGGUGGGAUUUCAUUCUCUAAAUUUUCAACCGGAAUCACUUCUUGGAACUCAACUUUAGAUAUCAUCAAAACAGAGAAGGUGAUCAUGUAUUCUCAUCGAACUUCCAAAGAUAACAUUGACGAGAGAGUGUCUUUCUUGUACUCGGCUUGGAGUGCUUUGCUCGAUGAAUCAACGAGAGGCGAAGGCGAGUUGCCGCAAGGUGCAGAUCAAGUGAGGAGAUCUAAUAAUAAUGUGCCAAAAGCCCCUCACUUGGAGGAUUGCAAGCUGAGUGAACAACUCAAUAAGAAACUUGAUAAGCGUGUUGAAAAUGAGAGCUUUCCUCCUUGGACGCUGUGGAAGGGACACUUAGAUACUUACCCAUCUGGCGAGCAGCGCAAGUCUAAUGGUGCUUAUCCUCCGUGGAUAACGGGAUCAGAUGAAGAAAAUUAUCCCUUGACUAGGAAAGUACAACGAGACAUAUGGAUUCACCAGCACCCUUCGAACUGCAAUGAUCCUAGUGUGAAGUUUCUUGUAGCCGACUGGGAUACGAUGGCAAGAUUAGGCAUGGGAGCUCAGUUUAAUGCAAUGUGUGGACUUCUAGCUAUGGCUAUCACUGAAAAAAGGGUCCUUGUUACCAACUACUACAAUCGGGCGGACCAUGAUGGGUGUAGAGGGCCAUUACGUUCUAGUUGGUCUUGUUACUUCUUUCCAGAAACAUCCCAAGAAUGCCGAGAACGUGCAUGGCAGUUAACGAAGGAAAAAAAAGCAUGGGAAAAAGGAAUCAUAACGGGAAGGCACAACUAUACGAAAAAGCAAAUAUGGUUUGGACAGGCUCCUAGGGCAUGGGGUAAGCCUUGGAAUUAUUUGCAGCCUACAACUGAUGUAAACCGAAAACUAAUUGCCUCUCAUGGCAGAAUGGAUGCAAGGUGGUGGCGAGCCCAGGGACUCCGCUACCUAAUGAGAUUUCAGACUGAGUAUACUUGCAACUUGCUAAAUGUUGAACGUCAUUCGGCUUUUGGACGGGAAGCUGCUAAAUUGGUUCUUGCAACACCCACUAAAGAAUGGCUGGAGGAAGUUACAGAAGAACCUCAGUCUGAGAUAGAACGAUUUGUAUGGUCCAAUCACAAACCGUGGAUGCCUAGGCCAUAUAUAAGCAUGCAUGUGAGGAUGGGCGAUAAAGCAAGCGAAAUGAAGGUAGUUGGAUUUGAAGAAUAUAUGAGUCUUGCAGAGCGCACAAGAAAGCGCUUCCCACAUGUUCACAACAUCUUGGUCUCCACUGAAAUGCAGGAGGUCAUUGAUAAAUUGGGAUCAUACCCACAUUGGAAUUUCUACUACACAAACGUGACACGGCAGGUGGGGAACACAUCAAUGGCUGCUUACACAGCAAGUCUCGGCCGAAAAACCAGCAUGAAUUACCCUUUGGUCAAUUUCUUGAUGGCUGCCGAAUCAGAUUUCUUCAUCGGAGCCUUGGGUUCCACUUGGUCCUAUCUCAUAGACGGAAUGAGGAACACAGGAGGAAAAGUAAUGGCCGGCUACUUGAGCAUCAACAAGGAUCGGUAUUGGUAGCUAAAGAGUAAAUACAUAAAGCUCAUGGCUAUCGGUUCCACGGGUAGGAAAAUGGGCUUUGUAAUUGCUUUAUCACUUCUUGUCAUCGAGGGCUCCAGAGAAUAGGGAGCACUCUCAAUGUGGUAGUAUAUGUAUAACCGAUCACUAAGUAAAAAGCCUUUUGAAGCUUCACGAACAAAAAAUUCUUUUGUUUUUCAAAAGAGAAAACAGUUUUUAUGUUUCAGCUGCAGGUAAAUUAUAUUGAUUGCA